UCAAGAAGUAUAUCGCUUGUCUGAUGGGGUGGGGGAACAUUUAUAAGAGGCGUGUCAAAGUUUUUACCUUGGCCUUAAUAAUCUACCUGGACUAUAAGGCUUUACAGAAGAGAAGUAAAUGGAUUAAAAACAAAACUAAAAAGGCUGCUAUAUGGAAAAAGGCUCAUGAGCGCAAUGCUAGGCGUAUUCUGAACUUCAUGAUACAAAUGGAGGGUUUGUGGGUAAAACUUGGGCAAUAUUUGUCCACACGAGCUGAUGUUCUUCCUGAGGCCUAUAUACGGCAUCUCCAACAGCUACAGGAUUCCCUUCCUCCUCGACCCUUAGAUGAGGUCUGUCAUACCAUUGAGAAGGAGAUGGGAAAACCUGUGGAGGAUUUGUUUUUGAAGUUUGUAGAAGUACCUCUGGCUACAGCAUCUAUAGCACAGGUUCAUCGUGCUACACUGCAAAAUGGACAGGAAGUGGUGGUCAAAGUUCAGCAUGAGGGUAUCAAGCAAGUUAUAUUGGAGGACUUGAAGAAUGCAAAGUCAAUUGUUGAGUGGAUAGCAUGGGCUGAACCUGUUUACAAUUUCAACCCCAUGAUAGAUGAAUGGUGCAGAGAAGCACCAAAAGAACUUGAUUUUAACAUUGAGGCUGAGAAUACUAGAAAGGUGGCCAGUAAUCUAGGCUGCGACAAAAUAAACAAGGAUUCUAGGGGAACCAAUAGCAUUGAAGUUUUGAUUCCAGAAGUUAUACAGUCAACUGAGAAAGUGAUAAUUUUGGAGUAUAUGGAUGGGGUUCGUUUAAGUGACGUUGAAGCUCUGCAAGCAAUGGGUGUUGAUAAAAAAAAACUUGUGGAAGAAAUUACACGUGCAUAUGCUCACCAAAUCUAUGUUGAUGGAUUUUUCAAUGGCGAUCCUCAUCCUGGAAACUUUCUUGUGAGUAAAGCGUAUCCUCAUCGUCCAAUUUUGCUCGACUUUGGCCUCACUAAGUCACUUCCAGAAACCACAAAACAAGCUCUCGCGAAAAUGCUCCUAGCAGCUGCGGAGGGGGAUCAUGUGGCCCUUUUGUCUGCGUUUUCAGAAAUGGGACUCAAGUUGCGCAUGGACUUACCUGAGCAGGCAAUGGAAGUGACAACAAUAUUCUUUCGUAACUCAACUCCCGCAAGUGAAGCUGCUGAAACAUUGAAGAAUUUCUCAGAAGAAAGAGCAAAAAAAAUGAAAGCCUUACAAGAAAAAAUGAAGCUUGAUGACAAAGAAGCUAAACGAUUUAGUCCUGUUGAUGCCUUUCCUGGGGAUAUAGUGAUUUUUGCACGGGUGCUAAAUCUUUUGAGAGGUCUUUCUGCUACAAUGGAAGUCCGCAUAGUCUACUUUGAUAUCAUGAGACCAUUUGCCGAGUCUGUUUUGGGCGGAAUCAUUGAUAUGGGGCCUGCAACAAAUACGCAAUGGCUCUGUGAUACUCCUGUGCAUUCAAAUGUGGAAGGCAAGCUGCGGAAGCUCUUGAUUGAUCUGGGAAAUGCUGGAAAGAUACUUGGUAUUCAGGUCUGUGCCUACAAAGAUGGGGAAGUCAUCAUUGACACUGCUGCUGGAGCACUUGGAAAGUAUGAUCCCCGUCCAGUUCAGCUUGAUUCAUUGUUUCCUGUCUUUUCAGUGACAAAGGGUAUCACUGCAGGACUGCUACAUUGGUUAGUCGAUAACGGAAAACUACGGUAUGAUGAAAACAUUGCCUCUAUAUGGCCUGAAUUUGCAUCAAAUAAUAAAGAUGUGAUAAAGGUUCAUCACGUUCUUAAUCAUACAUCUGGUCUCCACAAUGCAUUUGCCAACAUCAUGAAAGAUAAUCCUUUAUCAGUAUCUGAUUGGAAUGAUUGCUUGCAACAAAUGUCUCAGUCUACUCCUGAGAGUGAACCUGGUCAACUACAGCUGUACCAUUAUCUCUCAUUUGGUUGGCUCUGUGGUGGAAUUGCUGAGCGUGCAUCAGGGAAGAAAUUCCAAGAGAUUCUUGAAGAAGCAUUCAUUCGUCCACUAAGUAUUGAAGGCGAGCUGUAUAUUGGGAUUCCCCCAGGAGUUGAAAAUCGACUAGCAGCACUUACACUGGACACUGAUGAUCUCAAGAAACUCUCUGCUGUGGAAGCUCGUUCUGACCUGCCCUCCUCUUUCCAGCCAAGUCAGAUUGCUCAGGUUGCCACUGCACUCCCAGCCCUCUUCAAUUCUCUUUUUGUCCGCCGUGCUAUCAUACCUGCUGCUAAUGGGCACUGCUCUGCUCGUGCUCUUGCGCGUUAUUAUGCCUCAUUGGCCGAUCGUGGAACGGUUCCUAAGCUUCCCUCCUCCUCACCACCCCUUGGCAGCCACGUCCAUAUUCCAAAGUUUUCAUCUGAAAAACUUCGAAAGAAAGUAAACAACACUAGUAAGAAGCGUCUAAAUCUGGAUCCUAGUUAUGAUAGGGUUCCAAGUGAUGAGGCUAGCAGCAGUAGCAAUAGCAAUGGUAAUAGCAAUGGCGGUCAUGUUGAUCAAAACAUACUGGGUAGUGAUGUGAAUGGCUAUGAUCAUGAUAUGACAACUGAGAAACUUUUCAGUAACCCCAGCAUUCAUGAUGCCUUCAUGGGUAUAGGAGAAUAUGAGAAUUUUGCUUUGCCUAAUGGAGAUUUUGGGUUAGGAUUUAAGCGGAUAAACUCCGCUGAUGGAUCUAUUAUUGGUUUUGGUCACUCGGGAAUGGGUGGGUCAACUGGUUUCUGUGACAUAAAAAACAGAUUCUCAAUAGCCAUUACCCUAAAUAAAAUGUCAUUUGGUGGUGUCACCGGAGAGAUUAUUCAGCUGGUUUGUUCAGAGUUAAAACUCCCUUUACCCAAGGAAUUGAAAGGUCUUGGCAAUAGGGAAGGUAAUUCAGAUUUUGGAAGGCCCUUAAUUAAUUGAUUUUUAUUUUCUCUUCAAUUAUCAUCCCUUGUAUUCAUUAUUAAAAUUUUGUAUGGUCUUCUGUAAUGAUAUCUGUACUGAUGUAUAUUUAUAAGAUACGAAAGUGUCAGAAACUGAAGGCUAUACCCUUAGCAAUUGUAUACAAAUACAUGCUGAAAGCAUAUUGUAUGAAUCUCGAUAACUACCUAUAUUAAUUCAAUAAAAAGAUUUUUU